GCCUUUUAUGCAAACCACCGUCUUUCUCCCUCGCAUCAUAUAGUGCACCAGUCGGGUUGUCAAGUGUCUAUUGUGAAAUCUAUCUAAGUUACUGGAUGUGGAAAGUAGACCUGCGAGUUACUUUUCCCAGUUUGGUGCGAACGCUACGUAGUAGUCAAAUAGUGAGCGUUCAACUGAAAGCAACAGCUAUUUAUUGAGAGUAAUUCACCGCAAGAAGCUUCAGCGUCGCUGUGUUGGUUACUACGCAUUAUAGGAAUUCAUUAAGAAGACGCCCGUUCAAUUUCACCAACGCUAAAAGGAUUAUUCAAAUAUUUAACAAAUAUAACAUAGCGUUUUUUCUCCAUCCCCGGACGAAAGUGUGUUCUAUUUAUUUCCUAUCGCCCACUACUAGAAGGCAUACAUCGCAGUGUUUCAGAAGUUUGGGGUUUGUGAACACGCCUGUUGUUAUUUAAUUAUGCCAGAUUUAGGCCUACCAGUGGAUUGGGAUUUAUUUGCUCUCUUGCUUCUCAAUGCUUUGUGAGAUAACGGUUUGUUUUGGCUACCGUAAAACGUUGAGUGUUGAUCUGAAGACGCAAAACUUUUUUUUUAUUAUUGAGACAUCUGGGAAUUGUUGUUUUGGCAACCAUUUAAACGGCAUUUUAUUAGCCACGUAAUCCUAAAGAAACAUACAGGGUGUUAUAAGCUUUUGGUGUUUAGCCUACAAAGAGAGGGUUGCUGUAUCCCCCGGUAUAGUUGGACUGUUGUAUUAUGUAAUGCAACUAUGUCGCGAAACUUGGUGUUAUGUAGUUUUAUCAUAACAGACUAUUGUGUUUAUCAUAGCAGUACCAACGUGCUAGGCUGAUUCCAAGUGCCCUCUCCCUGUUCCCGAGGUAGGAUAGUGAUAACGGAGAUCAGUUCACAGUUGAAGAGAGCGCUUCCUCAACCACGCCUGCCCUGACCUCUAGAUGCCGGGCAUAAACUCCACCACCGCCUCUCGCUAUGAGUCCGGCUGGGAGAUGGAGUACGACCACUACCAACAUUAUUUCUACGACGACCACGAUCCGGACGAGGAUUUCUCUAAAUCCACUGCGCCCAGCGAGGACAUAUGGAAGAAAUUCGAACUAGUACCAACCCCGCCCAUGUCCCCUAUCCGGACUUUGGAGGGGGCCGCUGGGGUCGGGGUGGUUUACCCUUCGUUGGGGGACAAACUCGAGUGGGUGUCCCAGUUUUUGGGUCAAGAGAACGACCAGGAUGUGCCGUGUAAACUCAGCUCCGCCGACGAGGCUUUGGGGAACCUGAGCUCCAUUAUCGUACAGGACUGCAUGUGGAGCGGCUUCUCAGCGGGCAAGCAGCUGGAGAAAGUUGUCGGGGAGCGGCUUGCCUCCUGUCCGGUGUCGGGUCCGACUAAACUGCCCGUGCAGGCGUUGGGAGCUGCCAUCACCACCACCGGGAGGGCGCAGUGCGUGACGGUGCCAGUGGACGCGGCUGUUCCAGUUCUCGGUAGCCUGGCGACGGAUUGCGUUGACCCGGCUGCAGUUCUCGCCUUCCCGCUAACCGGGGGAACGUUUAAGAAACCGUCGGUGUCCUCCGGUUCAGAGACCCACACAGACUCAUCAGCAGAUGAUGAAUCUAGUGACCACGACGAUGACGACGACGGUGAUGAUGAUGAUGACGAAGAGGAGAUUGAUGUGGUGACGGUGGAACACAACAAGCAGUACAAGUCCCGGCGGCUGGUCAACGGCAGAGUUACCGGGGGACGCGGCGGCGGGCUAGACAGGCGGACGCCGGUGACGAUCAUGGUCCGGGCGGUGAACCGUUUCCACAUCUCUAUCCACCAACAGCACCACAACUACGCAGCGCCCUCCCCGGACACACACACAGCCCCCAACCUCCCCAGGAAGAGGGUCCGACACGAGCCCUCAAACUCUCCUCAUAACUCCUCUAACACCCAGCCGCACUUGCAACCCGCCUCCACUUCCGAUCGGAACUCAGAGAGCAAACCGCACGUCGCCGUAGCAACCGUCGGGUCGGAAUCAUCUGACGCCAACACACCUUCCCCUUGCGGAUCCCCAUCUGCCUCUCCCCGAUUAUCCUCCUCCCACCCCUGCAGCCCCCAGUCCUCCGACUAUGAGGAUACAGACAAACGCAAGACACAUAACUUCCUGGAAAGGAAACGGCGCAAUGACCUGCGCUCUCGCUUCCUGACACUGCGGGAUGAGAUCCCCGGCUUGGCAGAGUGUUCAAAGACGCCCAAGGUGGCCAUCCUGACACGCGCCACUGAGUACCUGGGACAGCUGCAUUCCAGCGAGCGCCAGCGGGCACAGGAGAAACGGCAGCUGAAGGCCAGGCAGCAGCAGCUGCUCCGUAGGCUGGCACAGCUCAAACAACGCCCCUGAUCUCACUGACUGGCACGCUGGCACAGCUGAAACAACGCCCCUGAUCUCACUGACUGGCACGCUGGCACAGCUGAAACAACGCCACCUGAUCUCACUGACUGGCACGCUGGCACAGCUGAAACCACACCCCUGAUCUCACUGACUGGCACGCUGGCACAGCUGAAACAACUCCCCUGAUCUCACUGACUGGCACGCUGGCACAGCUCAAACAACGCCCCUGAUCUCACUGACUGGCAGGCUGGCACAGCUGAAACAACGCCCCUGAUCUCACUGACUGGCACGCUGGCACAGCUAAAACAACGCCCCUGAUCUCACUGACUGGCACAGCUGAAAAAACGCCCCUGAUCUCACUGACUGGCACGCUGGCACAGCUGAAACAAUGCCCCUGAUCUCACUGACUGGCACAGCUGAAAAAACGCCCCUGAUCUCACUGACUGGCACGCUGGCACAGCUGAAACAAUGCCCCUGAUCUCACUGACUGGCACGCUGGCACAGCUGAAACAAUGCCCCUGAUCUCACUGACUGGCACGCUGGCACAGCUGAAACAAUGCCCCUGAACUCACUGACUGGUUGAAUGACUGGCGGCGACCUCUAGUUGACGGAACGUACUCUUCACCAGGGCUGACUGAAAACCAGCUCCCUGACAGACUGUUAGUGGCUAGAAUGGAGAGUGUUAGACUGUUAGUGGCUAGCAAGCCUUUGGGAUGCUUUAGGCCUUUAGGACCUGGACCCUAUAUUAUUAACCAGGACUGAGUCAAAACCAGGGAUGGAUCUCAACCCUACAUUAUUAAACCAGGACUGAGUCAAAACCAGGGAUGGACCUGAACCCUAUAUUAUAAACCAGGACUGAGUCAAAACCAGGGAUGACUCUGGACCCUAUAUUAUAAACCAGGACUGAGUCAAAACCAGGGAUGACUCUGGACCCUAUAUUAUAAACCAGGACUGAGUCAAAACCAGGGAUGGAUCUGAACCCUACAUUAUUAAACCAGGACUGAGUCAAAACCAGGGAUGGAUCUGAAGCCUACAUUAUUAAACCAGGACUGAGUCAAAACCAGGGAUGGAUCUAAACCUAUAUUAUUAAACCAGGACGGAGUUAAAACCAGGGAUUGAUUGAGGUUGACCCUAUAAUAUUUGCAAACUGUGCAGCUAUUGUAUGUCCUGUUAUUGUCUGUAAGGUUUUAUGAUGUCAUGAGUGAAUCCAUCGAUUGUGAACUAUGUCCAGAUCAGCAUGGCAAUGUACAUAGACGGUCACGUGUGUGUGUCUCUCUCUCUCUUUGUGUAUCUCUCUGUCGCUCUCUCUCUUUCUCUUUGUGUAUCUCUCUCGCUCUCUCCCUCUGUGUGUGUGUGUGUGUGUAUGUGUCUUUAUCUCUCUCCCUCUGUGUGUGUGUGUGUGUGUGUGUGGGUGUGUGUGUGGGUGUGUGUGUGUGUGUGUGUGUGUGUGUGUGUGUGUGCAUGUGGUACUAGUAUCCUUCUGUAAUGAAACAACAGCAAAGCUUUCAGAUCUCUUCCUAUUGUCUUUCCUGUGUUUCCUGAAACUGGGUCAAAAAUGUCUCAAAAUGCUUCUAUUUUUGUUAAUAAAGAGGAUAAAUGAAUAAAAACAUUUAAAUAAAAAUAAUAACACUAUUGAAACUUUACUUUGAUCACAUUAGUGACACUGUUUUAAAUGCCUGUCUUUACAGUUUUUGUUUGUUUUGUUGUCAGAGUUGCGAAGGGGGGGAAGCAAAAGUUUUGUACUAUAUUUUCCUACAGAGUUGCUUUUUGGUGUGAGCUGAAGACUGUUUUUACAUUUUAUUAGUUAGAUGUAUGGUUUUAAUGAGCUGCCGUUCUCUUCUCUCUUCUCUCUGUCUCCUCUCUUUCUGUCUCUCUGUCUCUCUCUCUCUGUAUCUCUCUCUCUCUCUCUCUGUAUCUCUCUCUCUCUCUCUCUGUAUCUCUCUCUCUCUCAGAUUUCCUUAAGGUAAAAACACUUGCAGUCUGCUCUGUUCAAUCCAAUCACAUGUCUAGCUUUCACUCUCUAAAAUCUCACAUUAGUGUACCCAAGAGGAUCAAGUGCUUAACUGCCUUGACUGGUCCGUGGUCCCAAGUGAACCCACCAUCUCAGCACUAUCCCACCAGCUAGUUAGAAAGGCUGGGGAUGAUUAGUUCAAGCCAUAUUGAACCCACCAUCUCAGCACUAUCCUACCAGCUAGUUAGAAAGGCUGGGGAUGAUUAGUUCAAGCCAUAUUGAACCCACCAUCUCAGCACUAUCCUACCAGCUAGUUAGAAAGGCUGGGGGUGAUUAGUUCAAGCCAUAUUGAACCCACCAUCUCAGCCCUAUCCCACCAGCUAGUUAGAAAGGCUGGGGAUGAUUAGUUCAAGCCAUAGCAACAGAGUUGCUCUGAAACUAGGUUUGUGUUCCAAAUGCGCACUCUUCUUUAUAUAGUGCACUAAUUCUAACCAGAGCCCUAUGGCACCCUAUUCCCUAUAUAGUGCACUACUUUUAACCAGGGCUCUAUGGCACCCUUUUCCGUAUAUAGUGCCCUACUUUUAACCAGGGCCCUAUGGCACCCUAUUCCCUAUUAUAGUGCACUUUUUAUCCUGUAUUUUUUGGGCAGGAACCCUAUGGGUCCUGGUCAAAAGAAGUUCACUAUGUAGAGAAUAGGGUGCUAUUUGGCCCUAGUCCUGUACUGUAACAGACUUGAGGGUGUGUCUUAAUAUAGCCUACUCAGUGGGCUGUCAUCAUCCUUAACCAAUGAGAGAUCUCAGGACACCGACGAAGAAGUGCUCAUCGUUAUUGUUUAUUUUAUUGUGUAUGCUUUUUUUCAUCUUACUUUAAACAACACAUUCUGUAUUUUUUGUUAAGGGCUUGUAAAGUAAGCAUUUCACGGUAAAGUCUAUACCUGUUGUAUUCGGCACAUGUGACAAAUAAAAUUUGAUUUGAUCUGUU